AUGCCUUCAUCACGCGAAAAUGCCCGACUUUGGCUGCUCCUUUUCAUCUUCUUCCUUACCCUCUUUUCACGCAGUGACGGCCCAUCAUCUAUAUUGUCAUCGACCUUUGGCAAUGACCCCGGUCUUGUCCAGCUGAGAGAAGCCCAUGGCAUCCUGAACAGCACCACAUGGGGCGCAUUUGUCCCCAACGAAGUCAAGGAGCACAGCCCACCAUGGGAUAGUCCACGCUUCCUCAACCUAACAGGCUUCAGAUCGACUGAUGGCUUCGCAUGGAAGGACCUUACAUACUUCAAAAACCGCUGCACGCAAUGGAGCAACCACGUUUACCCCCCGGAUUCCUCUGGCAUCAGCUGGAAUCAUGGACCAGAAAAGAAGACAUGGCAAAAUGCCACUGGAACCGUUCAUGGGAAGUGGGUGCGUCGCAAGGGCUCUGUUCCAAGGACCGCUGCUUCGUACAACUUGACGGCCAUCGCCCCCGGCGUCGACUGGGCGUUCGAAGAAGAGCACGACAUCACAGACGGAUGGGCCUGGAACGUGACCGGUAACCACGGCACCAUCCUUCUUCGUCUACAUGAAGAUGAUAGCGAUGUUGUGUAUACGGAGCCACUGGAAGAUGGCGAGCAACUGCAUUCGGCAAGUGUGGCUAGGGAGAUUUCGGCUGUGGCAAAUAUCCAAGAUGAGGAGACUGCUACUGCAUCCAGCUUCGCUCUCCGUCUCUACGGCGUCCACUGGCCGCGCCAAGGCUCUAUCCUUUUGACUACGACGAGUGAGAAGUUUGCUGGCAUUUUUGGACUGCCGCAUCUGUCCCCUGAUCCAGAAUUCUUCCACUCAAGUCAAAUGCUUCUUAAUCGGACCAUAGAUGCUGUUCUUCGUAGAAGGGAGAGGAGUAGGUUCUCUGGUUCCAGCAACCCAUGGACAGCGGUAGUCGAAGAAGAUGGGCUGGACGAUGUUCCGAUCCCACGUUGCGAGUACAUCAUGUACUUGCAGCUGCAUCCUAUCCACUACAAUGUUUUGGGGGAUGAUAAUCCGAACCACAGUCCCCUAGAAAUUGACAAGCUCGAGCGCGAACUGCGGUUCCCGACUGGGGCGCCCAGGUGGGGUGUACCCGAGCUGCGCAUGUCCAUGGUUGCUUGGUCUCCAGACUGCUCAUAUUACCUCGAGUCGAAGGGGCCACCACUGUUCCCGUCGGUCGAGGGCGAGCAUCUGGUCGGCGUCAAGUCAGAAAUACUGCUUGCGCGGAUCAAGUUGUGGAUGUUUGGGUUCGCAGCUAUUCUGAUGGGGCAGUUGUGGCUGUUACAAGGGCAAAUGAAGGAGUCCAAUACUCCGUCAACCCUCGGCCGCAUCAACUUCUAUACUGUUGCGACGAUGCUGAUGGCUGACGGUCUCGUAUUUGUUUGCUCGUCAGCCUGGAGCCUGUCAGCAACUAACACUUUCUUGCCAUCUCUGAUGCUAACCUUUGCAGCCUUCAUGUCAAUGACCAUCGGUGCCGGGUUUUUGUCCGAAAUCUACAAGAACCAAGAGCCAGAAAGGAGGCGUGAACAACAACAACAGCAGCAGCAGCAGCAGCGGACAAACAAUGCCCAGCCUACCGCCGUAAACCAGUCCUCAUCAAGUGGCAGGCUCCCUGCCCCCGUAACCGCCGGACCUGUUCGCCCACUAUCUCCCCCAAUCAUCAUCCCCUCUGACCAAGAUAUCGACGCUGAAAUCGCUGCCAAUUCCUCCCCUGGUGCAUCAACCUUGCCCACGGGCGCAACCACAACUGGCCCAUCCCGACCUCGACUUUCCUCCUUCGCCUCCAUCACCGGCACCUUCGUCUUUUCCGGCAUUCUAAUUCUCAUUAUCACAGCCUCCUCCCUAUCCUGGCCGCCCCGAGCCCGCGCCAUCUAUCUCAACAUCAUCUCCUUUACCUAUCUUAGCAUGUGGGUGCCGCAGAUACGCCGAAACAUCCUGCGCAACUCUCGCCGCGCCUUCGCCUGGCGCUUCGUCAUCGGCCAGUCGGUCUUGCGCCUACUGCCGUUCGCCUACUUCUACCUAGUCCGGGACAACAUUCUAUUUGUGGAGCCCGAUAUAACGGUGUUUGGGCUGCUGUGUGCGUGGGUGUGGAUACAGAUUUUUGUGCUGGGAGUGCAGGACGUGUUGGGGCCACGGGCUGGGAUCCCCGCUAACUGGCUACCUCCCGUGUGGGAGUACCAUCCUGUGCUUAGGGAGGAUAAUCUUGAGGCGGGUGGACUGCCGAUAGGGUUGGUUGCUUCUUCUUCGGGCUCGACGUCGGGAGAUAGCGCGCCGCCCUCGCCGUCUGCCGAUCGGAAACGGUCGUGGUCGCUUGGCGCGGAUGAGACGCCGGAAGAUGGGGCUCGUCGUCGCGAGCGGGAGAAGGAGUUCCAGCGCCAUGCUCCACAGAUCACAACUCUGCUCCUUGACUGCGACAACACCCUCGUCCUCUCGGAGGAACUCGCCUUUGCAGCCUGCGCAGACCUCCUCAAUGAGAUCGCCUCCUCCAAAUUCGUGCCCCUCGGGCAGCCCUUCACGGGCGAGCAACUCGUCGUCGAGUUUGUGGGGCAAAACUUCCGGGGCAUGCUGCACACCUUGCGUGCACGCUGGCAACAGGAACAUCCGGGAUACGAGGGUUUGACGGAUGACGAGAUUGAGACGUAUGUGAAGUUGGAGGAGGAUAAGGUGAUUGAGAGGUUGAAGAGAGAUUUGGUGCCUUGUGUAGGCGCUGAAGAGGCGUUGAAGAGGGUUAGAGAGAAUAGAGAGGGGAUCAAGAUGGCGGUAGUCAGUAGCUCGGCGCUGAGGAGACUGAAGGCGAGUAUUGAGAAGGUUGGGUUUGAGCGGUUCUUCAAGGAUGUUGAGACUGGAGAGCAACUGCUCUUCAGCGCGGCGAGCAGCUUGCCGAAGCCAACGAGUAAGCCCGAUCCGGCGAUCUAUUUGUAUGCGAUGGAGAAGCUUGGAAUCAAACCAGAGGAGUGUGUUGCUGUUGAGGACAGCAAGAGUGGGACGCUGAGCGGUACCAGGGCGGGGAUAAAGGUCAUCGGGUAUGUUGGGCCGUAUAAGGCCGAAGAGAGGGAACAUAUGGCCAAAGUGUUGAGAGAAGCUGGCGCAAUCAUUGUUAUGGAGGAUUGGGCGGAAUUUGAGGAAUGCCUGGCAAAGAUCGAGAGUGGGAGCGUUUAG